AUGACUUCUCAUCUCUCCCUCUCCAUCCUCCUCCUUAUCUUCUCCAGACUCUCAGGUGCUUAUCGUGUGUCUGUGAAGACAGGAGGCUCCAUCACCAUCCCAUGUCCCUAUCAUCAGGAAUACAAAACCCAUGUGAAAUAUUGGUGUAAAGGAUAUUAUUUCAAUAGUUGCUCUCCUGUUGUACGCACUUACCUUCCUAAGAGCACAGCUAAGGCCUCAAUCUCUGAUGACAUCAACCAGCUAACCUUCACUGUGACCAUGACUGAUCUGGGGAGUGAGGACUCUGAAUGGUACUGGUGUGCUGUAGAGAUUGUUGGUGCAGACGUCAGGAUAGAAGGAUUCCACCUAUCUGUGACUCCAGGUACUCCAGAACUCUAUGUGGACCAACAGGAGGUGACUGGAGUUGAAGGAGGGAGUGUCAUUGUAAAAUGUUACUAUGGUGACAUUGGACAUAUGAAGUGGUACAGGAUUGGUGGCAGUGUCUCCUGUGUGUGGGGGAAUUCUGGGACUCUAGAUGGAACAUCAGUGACCCUACAGCAGACCACAAGAAGAAACAUCUUAACGGUGACUAUGAGUGGUCUGAAGAUGGAGAACACUGGCUGGUAC